UAAACUCAGAUACCCUUCAUUCAACCAUUCUCAACAGUAGUGCUUUCUCGGACCAUUUGCUUCGUGGGUUUCAUUUCUGAUUCUCUCUCUAAAACUUUUCCGGCGGUAGAGAAGGAAGUGAAAGAGUAGAAGAAAUCAAUUCCCCUGCUUCUACGAAACUGUUGUUUAAGUGUUCAUUUUCAUUUAUUUGUUAACGUGUUAAUUUAUUUAUCACUACAGCAAUUUCUCUCCCCACCUAGACAGAUUUUUCCUCUCUCUCUCUCUCUCUCGCUGGCUCGCUCGCUCCGUCUUUCUCCUUAAUCUUUUUUGGCAGUUAUUAAUCUUCUUCAUCUUUCUCAUGAGGAAUUGAUUCAAUGGAGCAACCUUUGGGUAAUUCCAUUUCUGGAAAUUCUGAAGGUCCAUCUAAUAUUCCAUUUGCUAACAACCUGGGGAAAGAGAAAGUUGCAUGGGGAAACCGUCUUGGAACUGACGCACAUCAUACAUCAAGUGACGCUAGCUUGUUUUCUAGCUCAUUGCCUGUCCUACCACAUGAGAAGCUAAAUUUUAAUGAGUCUGAUCAGAGUGGUCAACCAGUUGAUGAGGGCUUCCCCAAAAUAAAGAAAACGUAUUUAGAAGAUGAAAGUAAGGACCCACUUGAAGAUAUUGAACCGAAUUUAAUAGGAAGCUUUCUUCCUGGUAAUGAAGAUGAGCUCUUAGCUGGACUUAUGGAUGAUUUUGAUCUUACUGGUUUGCCUACUCAGCUUGAGGACUUGGAUGAUGAUUUCUUUGGAAGUGGAGGGGGAAUAGAAAUAGAGCCGGAGCUUCAUGAGAAUCUCGGGAAUAGUGUCUUGAGGUUAAGUCCUCCAGAUGGUAACAUUGUUCAUUUUGGGUUUACAAGUAGUUUCGGGGCUGUUAGCGGAGAACACCCAUAUGGAGAGCAUCCCUCAAGGACAUUAUUUGUUCGGAAUAUUAAUAGUAACGUAGAGGACUCUGAACUGAGGUCCCUCUUUGAGCAAUAUGGAGAUAUCAGAACUCUCUAUACCGCAUGUAAGCACAGAGGGUUUGUGAUGAUAUCUUACUAUGAUAUCAGAGCUGCUCGCACUGCAAUGCGCGCAUUGCAAAACAAGCCCUUAAGGCGAAGAAAACUUGAUAUUCAUUUUUCAAUUCCCAAGGAUAAUCCAUCGGAUAAAGAUGUUAACCAGGGAACUCUUGUGGUCUUUAAUUUGGAUGCAUCGGUGUCCAAUGAUGACCUCCGCCUAAUCUUUGGGGCUUAUGGAGAAGUUAAGGAGAUCAGGGAAACACCCCACAAACGACAUCACAAGUUCAUCGAGUUUUAUGAUGUUAGAGCUGCAGAUGCAGCUCUCAGGGCUUUAAAUAAAAGUGACAUUGCUGGGAAGCGUAUAAAACUUGAACCUAGCCGCCCCGGUGGAGCCCGUCGGAGCUUAAUGCUGCAACUGAAUCAAGAGCAAGAACAGGAUGAAGCUCUGCCUUUCCACCAUCAAGUUGGUUCUCCUGUAGCCAACUCUCCUCCAGGUAGUUGGGCAAAUUUUGGGAGUCCAGUUGAUCACAACUCAUUUGCUGAUUAUAGUCGGUCACCUGUUUUAGGGAACCUCAACCCUGUUGGAAGUAACCGCUUGCCUGGGUUGGCCUCUAUCCUUCAAUCCCAGGCUUCAAAUCCCGUGAAGAUUGCACCAAUUGGUAAAGACCCUGUACGGAUAAGCCAUGUGAACCAGGUAAUUACUAAGGCUAAUGCAGCACAAGGAGUGGAUUAUCAGCAGCAUUAUCCCAUACCUGAUUCUAAGUUCAGUUCAAGUCCUGGACCCGUGUCAUCAUAUGGUGAUUCCAAGUCAUCUAGCAUUGGGACGCUUUCUGGUCCUCAGUUUCUAUGGGGAAGCCCUACUCUUCACUCCAGUGGUGUCCAAUCCAACAUGCCAAAUGUGCCAUCAGAGCGCACAAACUCUGCUUGGUCAUCACCGUUGAAGGGACCUAUGUUUUCACCCAGUGGACAAAGAACUGGUUAUCCUUUUCAAAGCGGACAUGGCUCAUUUCUGGGUUCACAUCACGUCGGAUCUGCUCCAUCUGGUAUUCAACCAGAAAGGAAUUUUGGUUUUUUUCCAGAGUCACCAGAAUCAUCGCACAUCAAUCGAGCUGCAUUUGGAGCCACAAAUUUAGGUCGCAACAAUGGGAAUCAUGUGAUGAAUAUGGCUGCCCAGGGGGCACUUAACAUGGGCAUUGCUUAUACAGGAAAUUUUUCUGAAGGCGGCUCCCCAGGUUCUAGGAUGAUGCCAAUGUCCAGAAAUUCUCCCAUAUUUUUUGGAACUGGUUCUUAUGGGGGCAUGGGAGCAACUAGCAACGAUGGAUUGAUGGAUCGCUAUCGAAAUAGAAGGGCUGACAGUGGAAUCCAGGUGGAAGACAGAAGGCAGUAUCAACUUGAUUUGGAAAAGAUCGUCAGUGGGGAAGAUAGUAGGACUACUUUGAUGAUUAAAAAUAUCCCCAACAAGUACACCUCAAAGAUGCUACUUGCCGCUAUUGAUGAAACUCACAAGGGCACAUAUGAUUUUCUUUAUCUGCCAAUUGAUUUUAAGAAUAAAUGCAAUGUGGGGUAUGCUUUCAUCAACAUGGUAUCCCCUUCACACAUCAUCACCUUCCAUGAGGCAUUUAAUGGGAAGAGAUGGGAAAAGUUCAAUAGUGAAAAGAUUGCUUCUUUGACAUACGCAAGAAUCCAGGGACAGGCUGCUCUUGUUUCUCACUUUCAGAAUUCGAGUUUAAUGAAUGAAGACAAACGGUGCCGACCAAUUCUCUUCCAGUCAGAGGGCCAAGGGAUUGAUGAUCUGGAACCUAGGCACACCAGUAAUCUGAACAUCUUUAUACGUCAGCCGGAUGGAUCUUAUGUUGGGGAUUUUCUGGACAGCCCAAAGAGUAAUCCAGAUGAUUAACCGGAGAAAAGACGUCCACUCCUUGAAUUGGAUUACUCCAAAUAAGAAUCGGUGGGCAGCAAGUGUAACUUUUGUACAGCUUUUGUGUAUUACCGGUGGAUUUGAACGUACAUAUGAAUUAUUUAUUUACUAGAGAGUGUCCGCUUUUCAACCAUGGAUACUCUGUAUUAUCGCGGAAAAAAUAUUUGACAGUGUCCAGUUCUUGUGACUGUUUAGCAGUCAUACUAAAUGUACAGUAGUUUCUAGAGCUGGAGGAGGGUCAGAAUUGUGUGUAGAAUGGCCUGCAGGUUGUCCGUCCUGUGGUCUUGUACACAGGAAACUGUGUAUUUGUUAUUUGGAAGACAUUUUUUAAACC